AUGAGACCCGCGUCGGUUGUGAGAGUAGCGUUCGGACGGGCAGAUGGGCGAUCAUCUCCGACAGGAAUGCGCCCGAUGCAUCCGCUGUACAACGCAGUACGAACGACUGCAUCACAUGCUUCUCAUCGCAUGAUCCACUGUCCGGCUUGCCAAAGCCUUCAGGCAGCGAUUCGCCUGACGGUGACAUUGAGCCGCUCGUGUGACUAUUUCGCUCGUUGGCGAUUUUUUCCGUUUCGACAUCAUUUUCCUCCUUCUUCUCCUUCCUAACUGUCAAAUUCAAACCAUUGUGAGCAACGGCCGCAUGAGCCUCGAGAGUAGCCUCAUCCGGACAUCUGGCGUCACACAAAGAGCAUUUCACAGUAUCCGUAUCGAGCUGAUUAGCCACCAUCAUCUUCAAAGCCGCUUCGGUGGUCGCUCGAAGAGCUGCGUCGCUGGUGAGGUCAGUACCGGAUUCCCGUGUUGCUUCGUUCAUUCGUUCGUGCCGUUCCACGUGCAUCUCCAAGUUCCUUGAGUCACGAGUCGAAUACUGACAUCGUCGACAUCGUAGCACUGCUGUGGGCGUCUCAGAUGAUUUUUUUGCGGUGUCGGUGUGCUGUGAUUGUUGCAACAAUUCGACGGUAUGUUGAUUAA